AUGGUUGUGCGCGAGGCGCCCCCGCUGGAGCAGGUACGGCGGCUCGGCGCGCAGCUGCUGCAGUCGCGGGAGCACGUCAACAACGUCGUCGCGCUGCUGCGAUUCGCGGCGCAUCGCGACGGCGCGGUGGCGGCGGAGGCGGUGACGGUGCUGCAGGCGUUCUUCGCGCAGCUGCUGCGCUCGCACGAGCUGCUCCUCCACCCCGCCCCCGCCAACCGCGCGGGCGGCGUGAGCGGGCGGGCGGGGGAGGAGCGGGCGAAGGAGGAGGUGUAUCAGCAGUGGGCGCGCGCGCGGUACGGCGAGUACACGGGCGCUCUCAAGGCGCGCCUCAGAUCCGCGGAGAGCAGCGCUGCCAGCAAGCGCAUAGCAGUGGGGCAUCUGAUGGAGCUGGCUCGUCUGGAAAAGAAGGGCGGCCUGGCUGGCGCCACCAUCAACAAAAUACUCAUCCCCCUGGUGGAGGGCGAGGCGGGGGACCCCUCAGUGCUCGCCAAGUUCGCCUGCUUCUUCACCCAUGCUGACGUCAGGCGGCAUGUGUACGGGGCAGUGGAGCAGCUGUGUGCGUCCAUGGCUGCUGCAGCCGCCAAGCACUCCACCGCUGCUCAGGGUGAAGCGGAUGCAGCUGCCGCCAAGCGAGACGCCAUGUGUCUCAAUAUACUGGAGGUGCUGCUAGCCAUGCCGAUGCCGCCCGCCCCCAAGCCGGGCGGCAAGAGGCUGCUGGCGGAGGUGGGGCAGGGCGGGGGCGAGCAGGACGACCUGCUCUCCACGUGGGCGCUGCCCGCCCCGCCCUCUGGUGCGUGCUGCCUUGGGUUGGGUGGGGUCCCCACCGCUCCUCCUUCCCCCGCACUUGCCGUUCUUGCUUGUCACUUGCGCUCAUCGCCCUGUCCGCCACCCCCUCACUGCCACUCUGCCUUCCGCUCGUCUCUUCCCCCACCCCUGUGGAGCGCAGGGGGAGCGCAGCAGCGGGGGGGCAAGCAGACUGCCGGCGGCAAGCGAGGGAGACAGGCAGGGCAGCAGGGCAGCAGGAAGCGGGCUGCAGGGAUCAAAGACGAGGGGGAGAUGGAGGAAGAGGGGGAGCAGAGGGAGGGGGAGGCGGAGGAGAGGAGGGCAGUGGUGGUGGGGGAGGAGCGCAAGGCCCUGGCAGGGGCGUGGCUGGGGCUGCUCGCCCUGCCUCUGCCCCUCGAUGCCUACAAGAAGGUGCUGGGUCGACUGCACAACCUCAUCCCACAUCUGCCCAACCCCUUGCUGCUCAGCGACUUCCUCACGGCGUCAUACGAGCAGGGAGGGGCGUGUGCGGUGGCAGCACUGGCGGCGCUGUUCCGCCUGGUGACGGAGCACGGCUUGGAGGCGCCGCACUUCUACCCGCGCCUCUACCGCCUCCUCGACUCCUCCGUCUUCCGCGCCGCCCACCGCGCCAAGUUCUUUGAGCUGCUGGAUGUGAGUCUAGCAUCGCCACUGCUCCCAGCGUACAUGGCAGCGGCGUUCACGAAGCAGCUGUUCCGCCUGUCGCUGUGUGCGCCCCCCUCGGGCGCCAUAGUGGUGGUGGCACUCGCCCACAACCUGCUGCGCCGCCACCCCGCCAUCGUCCCCCUUGUGCACCGCAACGCCCCGCCUGACACACUGCAGGACAGCAGCAGUGACGAGGAGGAUGAGGGGGAACAGAAGCACGCUGCGCAAAGAGGGCAGGACGGGCAGGAAGGACAGGAUGGGCGGGACGGGGAUAAGACGGAAGGGAAGGAGGCAGGGAAUGGCAGGGGCGAGGAGGGCAGUGCCGAUGGAGAGGAAGGUUCAGCUGAAGAUGAUGGAACUGGGAGAAAAGGCACGGAAGGGAAAGGAGGAGGAGAGGGUGGAGAGAGGGCGGCAGGAGCAGGGGAGGAGGGAGGCAGAGGGGGGAGGCGGGCAGGGAGGGAUCCGUUUGACGAGGAUGCCAGCGACCUCAUGGCUGCCCGUGCCCUUGACAGCAGCCUGUGGGAGGUGGAGGCGCUUCAGCGCCACUAUUGCCCCGCUGUCUCCCGGUUCGUGGCGUCACUGGAGAAGGACCUAUCGGAGCGCAGCAGCACGGUGGAGCUCAACGUCGCUGACUUCUCCGCCACCUCCUACGGCACCAUCAUGGCCGACGAGUUGGGGCGGCGAGUGAAGGCGGUGCCGCUGGCCUUCUUUGAGCGCACACCAACCACCCUCUUCCCCACCUCAUCCUCCCCUUGUGCCUCUGCAAUUCCACAAUCCAGUAGCUUUCCUGGGUGGAAGUUCUUUUAA